CACCUGAUGAUCCGUGCACUUACUCCCUGUAAGCUUUCGAGGAUGAGCAUUGGUGGCGUCGCUGGGGUGGUAAUGGAAGCGCCCUCUUAAUGUAAAAUCUCUGGUCGUACCGUCGUAGAUUACCACCGCAAAGAUGGGUUUGCGCAUAACGUCAUGGAACGUGAACGGUAUUCGGAACCCGUUCGGUUACCAGCCAUGGAGAGAGAAGAAGACCUUUGAAUCCAUGUUCGAUAUCUUGGAAGCAGACAUAGUUGUCAUGCAAGAGACCAAGAUACAGCGCAAAGACCUGCAGGAUGACAUGGUCUUGGUACCUGGCUGGGAUGUAUUUUUCAGCCUACCACGACAUAAGAAAGGCUAUGCUGGUGUUGCUAUUUACACUAGGAACUCAGUUUGUGCGCCUAUUCGAGCAGAAGAGGGCAUUGUUGGUGUUUUAUGUCCACCCAAUUCGAGCACUCAGUUCCGAGACUUGCCAGAAGAGCAACAGAUUGGCGGCUAUCCCCGACCUGGACAGCUUCAGCUGAAUGGAAACAUCGACGAAAUGACACUGGACUCAGAGGGUCGCUGUGUGAUUCUUGAAUUUCCGGCUUUCGUCUUAAUCGGCACAUACAGUCCCGCAAACCGCGACGAGUCCAGAGAUGACUUCAGAAUUGGCUAUAUGGAGGCAUUGGAUAUACGAGUGCGUAAUCUAGUGGCGAUGGGCAAGCGUGUCAUAGUGACGGGCGAUCUCAACGUUGUCAGAGCUGCUAUGGAUACAGCAAAUCUCUCCGAACGCUUAAGGAAGGAGAAUAUGACGAUGGCUGACUUCUUCUCGACGCCAUCUCGCCGCAUUUUCAACCAGCUUCUUUUUGAAGGAAAUAUCAUCGGGCCGAGAGACGAGGACAGGAAGAACUCAGUUCUAUGGGAUCUCUGUCGAUUCUUUCAUCCCACGCGGGAAGGCAUGUUCACCUGUUGGGACACCAAGAAGAACACCAGGCCAGCGAACUUUGGCAGUAGGAUAGACUAUGUCCUGUGUAGCGAUGACAUGAAAAGCUGGUUUAUUGAUUCAAACAUUCAGGAGGGUCUCAUGGGGUCGGAUCACUGCCCGGUAUACGCCGUUCUUAAUGAUAAAGUUCGAAUCAACGACGAGGAGGUUUUCAUCAAGGAUACCAUGAAUCCACCAGGAAUAUUCAAAAAUGGAAAUCGGCUAAGAGAGUGGUCGACAAAAGAUAUGCUACCGCUAUCCGCUAAGUUAAUUCCAGAGUUUGACCGUCGCCAAAGCAUUAAGGACAUGUUUUUCAAGAAGCCCGCUGCUCCAAAAGCCACACCCUCGCUUUCUCAAGAGCCUUCUCUCAGCCAGGUUAGCGACGUACCCGAAAAGCUAGUAACGCCAACGCCAACAAAUACGGUUGACUCAGAGGUCCUAUCUGCUGUUUCGCCAGCUCGCUCGCCAGUCAAGCCUCCAUCUAGCAGCCUUAAACGCACACCUUCCGCCUCCGUUUCCAACAAACCACAGAAAAAGGCAAGGGCCGGACUGAACAAAGAACCCUCGUCAAAGGGUCAAAGUAACUUGAUGGGUUUCUUCAAGCCCAAAUCUACAGGCAAUGACACGAAAAAGAAUGAUGAACAACCUCCACCUCCAACUGGUGGUCUUGACGGCACCGUGGAAAUCGAGUCCAGUCAAACAUCAACCGAACUUAACGUCUCAAAGACACAUAGCAACGAUUCUAAAGACUCCUCGAGCUGUGCCGACACCGAUAACGUAUUCGAUCCCAUCGAGGCUAAGGAAUCGUGGUCGAAACUUCUAGGCCGUCGCAUUGUCCCUAAAUGUGAGCAUGGAGAGGAUUGUAUUAGUCUAGUGACGAAGAAACCCGGAAUAAAUCGUGGGAGGUCAUUCUUCAUCUGUCCACGACCCCUUGGGCCCUCCGGUGAGAAGGAGAGGGGGACUGAGUGGCGCUGCGGAACAUUCAUUUGGAGCAGUGAAUGGAAACCGACUACUCCAGCUAACUGAAUACCCCAUGACAGUCAUCGAUUGUAUCGAGAAUAUCUGGAGCUGUAAUAUCAUGCAUCUUACUGUCAGGAUGCAUACAUACACUUGCUAUC